CUUCUUGUAAACACGCAACCUAGUUGAGUUAUUCGGUGGCGGUAGCAAGCUGGCAAGAGGCAUUAACCUCAACAUCAAUCCACAAUUCCAAUACUCCACGUCAGUUCACAUCACAACCCGUAAAAAUAGAGAAUAGGCAAAACUUUGUAGAAUUUUUAUUUUCUUGAAAAAAGUGUCAGUUAGAGACAGUACUAUCUUUCAGUUGGCUAUGUCUUCCAAAACAAAAGAUGAUGAAACAAAACCCAUCAAAGUCACUAAUAAGUGGGACGGUUCAGCAGUCAAGAAUGCUGUCGAUGAUGCUGUCAGAGAUGUGUUUACAAAAAAAUUCAACUACGUUGAAAAUUUUGCCCUUCUGGAUGUGAGGCUGUGCAUUUGUGGGCUUGCUGUGGGAGUAGCUAUGUUCACUUUACUCUGGGAUUGGCUGCACCCUUUUCCCGAAUCCAGGCCGGUAUUGAUCAUUUGUGUCAGUCUCUACUUUUUCUUGAUGUGCGUUCUCACUGUGUACACGUCUUAUAAAGAGAAAGGAAUUUUCGUUGUUGCUGUCCAGAAAGAUCCAGUCGGUUCUGAACCAGAUAAUGUCUGGGAAGCAAGUUCCUACAUGAAAAAAUACGAUGAUAAAUACCAUCUGGUGCUGACAUGUUAUGAUGGAAAGACUGGCGCCAAAAGAGAAGCAUCGGUGGUCAAGUCGAUUGCCAAUUUCUUCGAUGAGAAUGGAACUCUCAUCGUGGAACUUCUGGAACCUCAGGUUUCCAGGCUGCAUUCCAGUUUGUUGCUUGACAGGAAAGACAAGUAGCUAUAUCAACUCAACAGCACUGUGUAUUUCAUCUUAUUGUUUUUUCUUUAAUUCAAUUUGUGAUGUUCUUUAGAUUGUAGCUACUAAGUUUCAUAAUGAUGAGUCUAUUCCAGAGGAAGGCAUCGUCCAAACCUCUUUUCAUUGCUUUUCAAACUCCGCCAACAGGAUAAUUUUAUAUAGAUUAGUUGAUUGAUUUGCUAAUUAGUUCAUUAUUUUAGCAGUUAUGUCAAAUUAAUAAUUUUGAUAAAAUAUAUUUUUCCGUACUACUUUCACAUAGGUUCGAUUUCUCAUCCGUAUUAGGCCUAAAAAGUCCAUAUGAAAUAUUAAUUUAUUUAUAAAUACAAUUACAAACAUAAAAUAUGAUAGGGGGAGAGCAACAGGUCUAGCCUAAAAUAGUUCUAUUCCUGAAUUUUAAAAUGUAUAACAUUAUAACAUUAAAAGUGGUUAACAUUUCAAAAUAAUAACUAAUAACAUUUCAAAAAGUGGUUAUAUUAUCAUAUUUCAUAUCCAAGAAUUUGAGUCCAAUUUUAUUUCCAAAAUAAAGAAACUGAUAAGAUUUUAUUAUUAUCAUAUAAUUGAUCUAUUGCAGGGCAUUACAAAAUGUCUACUCAAAAACUAUUGUAUCAUCAAAACCCUAUUGAGUAUGUACAAAUGUACCGUAACUGAAUAACUGAAUAAAAUUUGUUGAAUGAGAAU